CCGGCCCGUCUCCGAAGGCGCGUCAGUGUCGCGGAGCCAACGGAGGCCGGACGGCCCCUGGAGGUCGCGGUCCCUUCCCCGCCCACCGCCCGCCCCGGGGCUGCCGGCUCCGCGGUUCCUGCUGGGAUCCUGAGACUUAAGCAGUCCGGUGACAUGAACCGGCAAAUCCGGGUUACCGGAGACUGAAAGUGUUCUUGGAAAGAACUGGUCCAAGAGUAGAUGCAGAAGGAAGGAACUUCGGGGAGUGGGGAACUGGACCGGAACCCGGUGGCCUCCUAGUCCGCAGGAGCCCCCAGCCUUGGGGAGCAGUACUACAAAGAUGCCAUGGAACAGUGCCACAAUUACAACGCCCGCCUCUGUGCUGAGCGCAGUGUGCGCCUGCCUUUCUUGGACUCACAGACUGGAGUAGCCCAGAGCAAUUGUUAUAUCUGGAUGGAAAAGCGACACCGGGGACCAGGAUUGGCCUCUGGACAGUUGUACUCCUACCCUGCCCGGCGGUGGCGGAAAAAGCGUCGAGCCCACCCACCUGAGGAUCCUAGGCUUUCCUUUCCAUCUAUUAAACCAGACACAGACCAGACCCUGAAGAAAGAGGGGCUUAUCUCUCAGGAUGGUAGCAGUUUAGAGGCUCUGUUGCGUACUGACCCCCUGGAGAAACGAGGUGCUCCAGAUCCCCGUGUUGAUGAUGACAGCCUGGGCGAGUUUCCUGUUACCAACAGUCGAGCACGGAAGCGGAUCCUUGAACCUGAUGACUUCCUAGAUGACCUUGAUGAUGAGGACUAUGAAGAAGAUACUCCAAAGCGUCGGGGAAAGGGGAAAUCCAAGAGUAAGGGUGUGAGCAGUGCCCGGAAGAAACUGGAUGCUUCCAUCCUGGAGGACCGGGAUAAGCCCUAUGCCUGUGACAAUAGUUUCAAACAAAAGCAUACCUCGAAAGCGCCCCAGAGAGUUUGUGGAAAACGCUACAAGAACCGACCUGGCCUCAGUUACCACUAUGCCCAUUCCCACCUGGCUGAGGAGGAAGGAGAGGACAAAGAAGACUCUCAACCACCCACUCCUGUUUCCCAGAGGUCUGAGGAACAGAAAUCCAAGAAAGGACCUGAUGGAUUAGCCCUGCCCAACAACUACUGUGACUUCUGCCUGGGGGACUCAAAAAUCAACAAGAAGACAGGGCAGCCUGAGGAGCUGGUGUCCUGUUCUGACUGUGGCCGCUCAGGGCACCCGUCCUGCCUGCAGUUCACCCCUGUGAUGAUGGCGGCUGUGAAGACCUACCGCUGGCAGUGCAUCGAGUGCAAGUGCUGCAACCUCUGCGGCACCUCGGAGAAUGACGACCAGCUGCUUUUCUGUGAUGACUGUGACCGUGGCUACCACAUGUACUGUCUCACCCCAUCCAUGUCUGAGCCUCCUGAAGGAAGUUGGAGCUGCCACCUGUGUCUGGAUCUGCUGAAGGAGAAAGCAUCCAUCUACCAGAACCAGAACAACUCCUGAUGUGCCGCCCAGCUCCCCACACAUCUAAGGCUGUUGCUCUCCUCUACCUUGGUUUUCAUACCCCUCUUCUUCUUUCACUCUGGUAGUCCUGCCGACCUGCCUUUGGCAACAGCACAGGGAGGUGGCAACUCUGGCUGCCUCUGGCCCCGAGCCCUCAGGGAGUAAGGAGCAGCACGCUGCCCCAGGGCUGACCUGUGGGCCCAACUUCUCUCUGCUCUCCAAGAAGUGCAUUCACUCUGCUUGCCUUGGGCCCAAGUCCCUGGUAAUCACAGGGUUCAAAUGGGGUCCUCUGAGAAGGAAUAUGAGGGCAGCUCACUUAUUUCAAGCUGGCCUAGUCCCCCUUCCGGUUUCCAAAAGCCCCAGGGGUAAGCCAGGCCCAGCCUUUGCUGGGAGCAGCUGGAGUGAUCAGGCUGAGAUGGUACUUACUAGGACCUUUUCAUACCCCUGUUCUGCUUCACUUUGCCUCUGCCAAAGCAGUCCUAUGUCCUCUGUCAUGCUACAUGGGGUCCUGUGCUUGAACUGGGAUGGUCUCAGGCGGCACCUGGCCGUGUCCUGUCUUGCCCUGCCCUGCCCAGUCCCACAGAGACAAGCAGCUUCACCUGUCCUUCUAUGCUUGGCUGGUUCACUCACAGGUGGUCUCUGGCAAUCCAGGCAUUUCCUAUCCUCAGAACUUACGUCUUCUGCCUCCUUCCUUAUUCCUUUUGGUUUUGUGGGGAGAGGGACAAUGUCGGGGGCUGUGCCAGCAGCUUGGGGGCCACAAGGAGAAGUUGGAUAAUGUGCCUGUUUUUUAACUCGAUAAAGCCUACCUCCAAAAUCCCCUUUUCGUUCUUCCUGGACCUGGGCAUUCAGCCACCUGCCCUUAACUGAGUCAGGAGCCUCUGCCUCCUGCCUGUGUAUCCUGGAACAGGGAGGUCCCCUUUCCUUGCACGCUAGCUAGCAGCUGGUAAGGUGUUCACACCCUGAUUUUUCUGUUUCCUGCUUAGUGGCACUGACAUUAAGUAGGAGGGGACAGUCCAUGCCAGGACCCUCUGGAAUGGCCUUCCUUGGCUGUGGGCAGGCCCUAACUAUUGUUUUAUGCAAAGUUGAGGCCCCCUCCUCCCAUCUCUAGUUCCUGUAUUCAAAAUUAGUAAAAAUAAACAUUUUUACACAGA